UCGAAGCCAUGAAUCCGGAUAAGUUCACCCACAAGACCAACGAGGCCAUCGUCGCCGCCCAUGAGCUAGCCACCAACAAUGGCCACGCCCAGAUCACUCCUCUCCACCUAGCCGUUGCCCUCGUCGGCGACACUGCCGGCCUUUUCCGGCAGGCCAUCUCCAACGCCUCCGGUGGCGUCGGCGACUCCACCAUCGCCUCGGUAGAGAGCGUCCUCAACCGCGCCCUCAAGAAGAUCCCCUCUCAGCACCCGGCGCCGGACGAGGCCCCGGCCUCCACUUCUCUCAUUAAGGUCAUCCGCCGCGCUCAGUCCUCCCAGAAGGCCCGCGGAGACACCCACCUCGCCGUCGACCAGCUCAUUCUUGGCCUCCUUGAGGACUCCCAGAUCUCCGAUUGCCUCAAGGAGGCCGGUGUCAGCGCCGCUCGAGUACGCUCCGAGGUCGAAAAGCUUCGGGGGAAGGAGGGCAAGAAAGUGGAGAGCGCCUCCGGCGACACCAACUUCCAGGCGCUCAAGACGUACGGCCGGGAUUUGGUCGAACAGGCGGGGAAGCUCGACCCGGUGAUCGGCCGGGACGAGGAGAUCCGCCGCGUAAUCCGGAUUCUCUCGCGCCGUACCAAGAACAACCCCGUCCUCAUUGGUGAGCCCGGCGUCGGCAAGACGGCUGUCGUGGAGGGCCUCGCCCAGAGGAUUGUGAGGGGUGACGUCCCCAGUAACCUACUAGAUGUUCGACUCGUGGCCCUAGACAUGGGUGCUCUCGUUGCGGGCGCCAAGUAUCGGGGCGAAUUCGAGGAGCGACUCAAGGCUGUGCUCAAGGAGGUUGAGGAGGCUGAAGGUAAGGUCAUCCUCUUCAUUGAUGAGAUCCACCUCGUGCUUGGCGCUGGACGCACUGAGGGUUCCAUGGAUGCUGCGAAUCUAUUCAAGCCGAUGCUUGCUAGAGGGCAACUCCGGUGCAUUGGAGCGACCACGCUGGAGGAGUAUAGGAAGUACGUGGAGAAAGACGCCGCCUUUGAACGAAGGUUCCAGCAAGUCUAUGUGGCUGAGCCCAGUGUGGCGGACACCAUUAGCAUACUUCGAGGGUUGAAGGAGAAGUACGAGGGGCACCAUGGUGUUCGGAUUCAGGACCGGGCUCUUGUGGUCGCUGCCCAGCUCUCCGCUCGAUACAUUACAGGCCGACACCUGCCUGAUAAGGCCAUCGAUUUGGUUGAUGAGGCUUGUGCUAAUGUGAGGGUGCAGCUUGAUAGCCAGCCGGAGGAAAUUGAUAACUUGGAAAGGAAGAGAAUCCAAUUGGAAGUCGAAUUGCAUGCGCUUGAGAAGGAGAAAGAUAAAGCCAGCAAAGCACGGCUGUUAGAGGUUAGGAAGGAACUGGAUGAUCUGAGGGAUAAGCUACAACCACUCAUGAUGAAGUACAAGAAGGAGAAGGAAAGAAUUGACGAGAUUCGAAGAUUGAAGCAGCGCCGUGAGGAGCUUCUCUUUACUUUGCAGGAGGCAGAGAGGAGAAUGGAUUUGGCACGUGUUGCAGACCUACGAUAUGGAGCCUUGCAAGAGAUCGAUGCUGCUAUUUCAAGGCUUGAAGGGGAUGCCGGUGAGAACUUGAUGUUGACCGAAACAGUGGGGCCUGAACAGAUUGCAGAGGUUGUGAGCCGAUGGACUGGCAUUCCAGUGACCAGGCUGGGCCAAAAUGAGAAGGAAAGGCUGAUAGGCCUUGCAGAGAGGUUACACAAGAGAGUUGUAGGCCAGGACCAGGCGGUUGAUGCGGUGGCCGAGGCUGUGUUGAGGUCGAGGGCUGGUCUAGGUCGGCCCCAGCAACCAACCGGCUCCUUCCUCUUCUUAGGUCCCACCGGUGUUGGUAAAACAGAGCUUGCGAAAGCUCUUGCUGAGCAACUCUUCGACGAUGAGAACCUCCUGAUUCGCAUCGAUAUGUCAGAGUACAUGGAGCAGCAUUCGGUUGCCAGACUCAUUGGUGCACCACCAGGGUACGUUGGUCACGAGGAGGGCGGACAGCUGACGGAGGCUGUGAGGCGGCGGCCGUACAGUGUCAUCUUGUUCGACGAAGUGGAAAAAGCGCAUGUUGCUGUGUUCAAUACCCUUCUUCAAGUCCUUGAUGAUGGAAGAUUAACCGAUGGCCAAGGGAGGAAAGUGGACUUCACCAACACGGUUGUCAUCAUGACUUCAAAUCUUGGGGCAGAACAUCUCCUUGCAGGAAUGGUGGGCCAAUCUUCGAUGCAGAUUGCACGAGAACGAGUCAUGCAGGAAGUGAGGAGGCAUUUUAGGCCGGAGCUGCUGAAUCGGUUGGAUGAGAUAGUGAUCUUUGAUCCUCUGUCGCAUGAGCAACUUAGGAAGGUUGCCAGGCUCCAGAUGAAGGAUGUUGCUGUCCGUCUUGCAGAAAAGGGCAUUGCUCUAGCUGUAUCUGAUGCUGCUCUGGAUGUUGUUCUAGCUGAAUCAUAUGACCCUGUGUAUGGUGCAAGACCGAUCAGGAGAUGGUUAGAGAAGAGAGUGGUGACUCAACUGUCCAAGAUGCUGAUACGAGAAGAGAUUGAUGAGAACUCCACCGUGUACAUUGAUGCAGCUGUUGGGAAGAAAGAGCUGACAUAUAGGGUGGAGAAGAAUGGAGGGCUUGUGAAUGCUGCUACUGGGCAGAAGUCUGACGUCCUGAUUGAGAUCCCUGAUGGGGCGGUCCGCAGUGAUGCAGCCCAGGCAGUGAAGAAGGUGAAGUUACUGGCAGAUGAGGAGGAUGUUGACAUGGACGACGAGUAGGUGUAAGCCGUGCGGAUGUGAAUUGUGUUUUGGUUUGAAGAAUGGUCUCAGAGGAGACCAGACCCAAUUCCUUUUUUUUUUAACAAAAAAUUCCCGUCAUUCUGGAUGAUGAUGGACAUGUUGCUUGAUCAAAGUGGGUGAAAGAGGUGUUACUGUCCUACAAUUAAUUAUCUUUUCACUUUGUGAUGGCAAUUUGAUGUAAGUAGGACGUUUUACAAGGAAAAAUUUUAGUGCAUAUAACGAAUGUGUCAUCGUGGUUUUUUUU